AUGAGGUUACAUAACUUAAUAUUGUUACCCACACUGUUUGUCCUCGCCCUUGCAAAUGAAGCAAGGGAGUUAGACUGGUGGGAAACAACCGUUUUCUACCAAAUUUACCCAAGGUCUUUCAUGGAUAGUGAUGGCGAUGGAGUUGGUGAUUUAAAAGGAAUUACUUCGAAAUUAGAAUAUUUGAAGGAAUUAGGUGUGGGAGCGACAUGGUUGUCUCCAAUGUUCCAGUCACCUAUGUAUGACUUUGGAUAUGACAUCGCUGAUUUUUACGAUGUCCAUGAUGAAUAUGGAACCAUGGAAGAUUUUGAAAACUUAAUAGCUAAAGCUAAAGAACUAGAUAUUAAGAUCGUUCUCGAUUUUGUACCUAAUCAUGGCAGCAAUGAGAGUGUUUGGUUUGAAGAGGCAUUGAAGGGGCACGAAAAGUAUUACGAUUACUUUGUAUGGGAAGAUCCAGAAAUAGAUGAAAAUGGCAAUAUGAAACCACCAAAUAAUUGGAAUAGCGUUUUUCGUAAAAGUGCUUGGGAGUAUAGAGAGGAAGUUGGUAAAUAUUACUUGCAUCAAUUCGUAAUUGGUCAACCAGAUUUCAACUACCGCAAUCCUGAUGUAGUCGAGGAAAUGAAAAACGUUCUACGAUUUUGGUUCGAUAAGGGUGUAGCUGGCUUCCGUGUCGAUGCUAUUGCUCACUUAUUUGAAGUAGAUAAGAAAGAAUUUGGUGGUAAAUACCCAGAUGAACCUAAAACUGGUUGGGUCGAUGAUCCAGAGAGUUAUGACUAUCUCGAACAUAUUUAUACUAAGGACCAAAACGAGACUUAUGACAUGGUAUACCAAUGGAGAGAAAUUUUCGAUGAGUAUACAAAAAAAGAUGGCUUGACAAGAGUUAUGAUGACUGAAGUAUACGCUAGUCCACAAAUUACCAUGAGAUAUUUCGGCGAAGGUGAACGUGAAGGUUCUCAAGUGCCUUUCAACUUUGUGCUUAUUUCUGAUGUUAACGGUGAUUCUUCUGCAGCCGAAAUUAAAUAUGCAAUUGAUAAAUUUUUGACUUUUAAACCAAUGGAUAAACUCGCUAACUGGGUCACUGGAAACCACGAUAAUACCAGAGUAGCUUCCAGAUUUAGUCCAACACUAGUUGAUGGUAUGAAUAUGAUUGUGCUCCUCCUUCCUGGUAUUGCUGUUACUUACAUGGGAGAAGAAAUAGGGAUGGUGGACGGUUUCGUAAGCUGGGAAGAUACAGUUGACCCGCAAGCGUGUAAUACGGAUGAUCCAAUUAAUUAUGCAUCAUCUUCACGUGACCCUGAACGUACACCAUUUCAAUGGAGCGCUGAGAAGAAUGCCGGUUUUUCAACUGCUGACAAAACUUGGCUACCAGUUGCAGAGGGUUAUGAAACUUUAAAUGUUGAAACUCAACGCGCCAUGGAAAGAUCUCAUUUAAAUGUGUAUAAAACUUUGGUGAAAUUACGAGCCGAACCUGCUUUUAGAUAUGGACGAUAUGAAUCUGUUGCCUAUAACUCUGAUAUUUUGGCUAUUAGAAGAUGGCACGAUGGUGAAAUAUACAUCGUGAUCGUGAACUUCAGAGGUGAAUCAUACACCAUUGAUCUCACUUAUUUUGAGAAUGUGUCAGGAGAUUUGAAAACCAUUGUGACCAGUAUUCAAUCUCCGAAGAAAGUUGGGGAUGUACUUAAAGCGGAUAAUGUAGAAAUUUUGGGAGGCGAGUCCUUAGUUCUUAAAACAGUU